GCAGAGCAGCGAGACACGUCGUACUAGAGCAAUGGAGCCAGCCGUAAUCACAGCAGCGCCGCCGGCCUCGGCGGCCACGCGGCUCCUCCCCACGUCCAUCGGCGGAGGCGGGGACAGGGGCGGCGGUCGCUCCGAUGGAGGAGGAGGCGGCGGCGGCGGAGGAGGAGGAGACUCUGGUGCCGGCGCUGCAGCGGCGAUGGCGCUCGUCGAGGCCGGGAUGCUGGACGGCAGCGACGUCAUCCUGCUCCACGUCGGGCCUGAGGUUGCUUCUGCCACGAUCGACUUGGCCAAGGCGGCCGCGGUGGUGCGGACAACACCGGAAGCCAUGGCGACCAAGGACUGGCACAAGGAACUUGGGGAGAAGCUUGCAAAUCACCUAAGAAAUUGUGGAUUUGAAUCUCAUAUGCUUGAUGAAGCCGAACAAAGUUGAUUCAGCGUCGGCACUCUUGAAGUUCUUGACAGUCGGAUGGUCUUGUUGAAGGCAGUAACUACUCUUGCAAAAGUUGUGCAUGUGGUUGUGGCAAUAUGAGAAAUGUUUUGCGUCGAGUUCUGUAGUCUUAAGUCAAAUCUCCAUUAAUUGCAUAAACCAUCACAUUGUGGGCUAGAUUUGCAGGACACACGGGUUUACAGGUUUGGAAUAAAAAAACCACGGAUUCUCAG